AUGAAGUUAUACCAGGCACUGCAGGCGGCUGGAUUGUUCAAGAGCAUUGCGGUUCCUCACACAACAGAGUACAAGAUCCGGCGCCUAAUGGCUCUCAUGGCUGCGGAAGCCGGGAAUGACGCGUUUCUCUCCCGGGAAAUGCAAGCAAUUCGGAAGCUAGCCCCCGAUGCGCAUGCACUGGACGUGCAGCUCCAGGGGAGACUGAUCAUUCGAGACGCCGAACUUGGCAACUGGCAACUUGUCCACGAGCAGCUGAAACGAGUUGAAAGUAGCAUCGACACCACUUCCGCCGACUUUCAAGCCGUGUUGAUUCGAAUCACAGACGUUUUUGCGCAGACACAUACCCCCAACGAAGUGGAGGCUUUCGUGCGAGCACUGGCUGCAACAUAUCAGAUAACACCAAAGUACCGCUGGGUGUACAUGGUUCUUGACGAGCAUGCGAGCCGUCGUCAGGCCGAUGCUGUGUUUCAGUGGCUGCAAUUCUGCAGCGACAGCGGAUUGCCAAUGGACGACGCCUUCAUUGAACGAUUCUACGCGCGGUGUCGCAAGUAUUGGAGUUUCUCCGACACUAGCAUUGCCAGCCUCCAGCAGAGACUUUCUGCGUUUAGCCCGCGCCUACAACUGGUCGGCGAAAAGACGGGCGUCCUUGCGGCUCGCUGGCCACGCGGCAAAGCCUUGACAAAUGUUGACGCAAAGGACAAGUCCGCAUCAUCAAGUGCCCUGCGGAAAGCAGUCAUGGAACUCUUGGACGCCAAGGAUGGGGCGCAGGUCGACGAGGCUAUCGCCCUGAUGCGAUCAGCGCAUGAUCAUGGUCACGACAUCAGUGAUGCACUGACACCAGUACUUAUGGCGCGACUGGAAAGGGGAGACGAUCCGAACGAGCUUAUCGAGGAGGCGCUGCGAAUGGGCGCACGCAUCCACGACAGUGCGUUCAACAAGGCUACCCAGAUGCUGUCGGCAACGGGCAAUCUCGGCGGCGCGGCCGAGAUGUGCAGAUUGGCGGCCAGAGAGAAUGGCAACGGCCAGCUUCUCUACAACGAGUACAACUUCGCGAACCUCGUUUUUGCCUACACCGGUGCGGCACGGUACAGGGCCCUCAAUUCUCUCUUGUGCGACUUCACAUCUGGGGAACAGUGGUGGCACGGCAGCCGCACGUGCAAGGAGAGCGUCAAGCUGGCGAUGAAGACGGCGGCGAUGCGGACCGUUGUUCAGCCAAAGGACAAGAAACCACACCGGCAGGCCCUGGACCAGCUGGAUGCAGCCCUCGUCCACGUGAAGCGGUGCCGCUCCAACCGUGGUCAUCGCAGAGCAGUGACAGAGGCAUUCGUACGCGUCAUCAAAAACCCACCGGCUCCGGUGUUGCACGAGAAGGCGACACAAAAGGGGGCUCACAUCAGGGGCCGCACCGGUGGACAGCUGGAACGGUCAGGCGAGCCGUCGGAGCAUGCGGCUCGUGCCGUGCUGGCAGCUGCGGCGGGUGCAGGCUGA